AUCAGAACCGAUCCUUACAGAGAGACACACCCAGCGCGCGAGAUAUCUACAUCGAUCAUCAUCACCAGCGAGCGAGCCGGCCGAGCAGCACCGAUGGCGGCGUACAUGCGCGUGACGCACCGCGACGAGGAAGGCAAGAAGGUGACGGAGAAGAUGCCGGUCCCGGAGACGCGGCGCCCGGACACGGCCAAGCACUUCGAGCGCAAGCUGGAGGAGCAGGGCCUCCACCGCUUCGAGCGGCACCCGGCGAACGCGCCCCGGGGCGUGGGCAUCGGCGCCCCGCCGCCCAAGUCCGGGCGCGGCGGCAAGUACACCUGGGAGGGCCCCGGCAGCGUCGUCGAGGACCAGCUCGACCCGGCGCCGCCCGCCAUCGACCCCAACGACCCCAACUACGAGGAGGGAGGGGCGGCGGACGAGGACGACGAGGCGGCCAGGGAGGUGGUCGUCGGGGAGGUGGAGGUCGCUAAGGUCGCCGAGAGCAGGGACGGCGUCGCCAGGGUCGACGUCGCGCCGGGCCUGCUCCAGGACCAGAAGCAGUAAAAGGACUGUCUUUUCUGGAUACGUCUAGACUCUAUAAGACUGUGUGUCAGUGUGUUCGAGUUUGUUCCGUGCAGAGAGUGCACGUCAACUCCGCUUUAAUUAAUCUGCUUUUGUUAAUA